UGGCCCAACUGUCAACAUUUGCACACAUUUUCCCUUCGUCCCAUCGAUCCCUGGCAACACUCCAAUUCACCUUCCUCUAUGGCCUGGCAAAUCUAGACUAACGCGUGUGCAGUAAUAAUCCUCCCGGUGCGGUGCUGUAGCGUUUAUAAUGGGGAAAAAGAUCAACAUUAUCAAUAACGUGUCUUUCCCAUGUAAGUGAGCGUUUUGUCUCACUCACCCUCUCCGUUUCUUGAUAAAAUGGUCACCUCUUCCUUCCCUUUAUGCUUGCGUACUGCCCUUGUUUACUCACUCGUGUUGCUGCCGUCCAAGCCAUUUAAAAGACCACAGACGAGACACAAUAAGCUGUGAGUGUGGGAGUGUAGACAACACAGGCCAUGACAGAGGCACCCCAGCAACACACAAAACAAAGCAGCAGUGUGGAGGAGGAGGAGAACAAGACCUUUGAAUGCCAGGAAUGCCACCAAGCCCUGCCAAACAAGAGCCAGUACAUACAGCACACACUGAGUCAUAUUGGCGUUGAGAUACACAGCUGUGAACAGUGUAAUAAACUCUUCAACCGCGCCAGCCUCCUGCGGCAACACUCGCUGGUUCACGCGGGGAGGAAACAUGAGUGUGGGGUGUGUGGGAAGAUGUUUAGCCAGCGGGGAAACAUGCAGAGACACUUGAACACACACGAUGGGGUGAAGAAGUAUAAGUGUGACGAAUGUGGGAAGUGUUUCGCGUAUAAAUGCACGCUGACCGAGCACGCACGUAUCCAUUCUGGCGUGAUGGAGUACAAAUGUGGGGAGUGUGGCAAGGAGUUUAUACACAAGGCAAAUUACACGCAGCAUCUCAACCUACACUCGGAGAUCAAUAAACACGUGUGUGGGGAGUGUGGCAAGGAGUUCGGGUACAAGACGAGCUACGACCAGCACCUCAACACACACAGCAAAGUCAAGAGGUUCCGCUGUGAGGAGUGCGGGAAGGAAUUCAACUUCAAGAGCAACCUCAAGCAACACAUGAACGUCCACGCCAGUGUCCGGACGUCCGAGAGGUGCGAGGUAUGCGGCAAACACUUUUCAAAUAAGAGCAACCUAAGGCAGCACUACAAGAAGCACUUAGGCGUUAAGAAAUAUAAGUGUGAGGUGUGCGACGAACGGUUCACCUUAGAGAGCACCCUCACCAAGCACCUGGCGGCCACACACACAGACGUCGAAAUGUACAAAUGCAACGAGUGCGGCAAACAGUAUCUCCAUAAGUACGACCUGACAAGACACGCGGCAGUGCACAGCGGUCUAAAGCCUUAUAAAUGCGAGAUAUGCAGCAAGACCUUUAGCCACAAGAACACCUGGAAGAGACAUGGGGAUGUGCACGCCGGCCUGAGGGAAUUCAAGUGUGAGGAGUGUGGCAAGAUGUUUACGCAGAAGGGGGUGCUCGGCAAACACCUUGAGACUGUGCAUGCUGGGAUUAGAAACUUUGAGUGCUCGGAAUGUGGCAGGAGGCUCUCGCAGAAGUCGCACCUACAGAGACACUUGCUAAAGGUGCACAGGAAGAAAUUAUGAGGGUUGUGCAGGGAAAGUGGAUGAGAAAAAUAGAAAGAAGAAAAAAUGCUGAUGUUAAAUGCACAUAUGAAUAAAUUGAGGUUCUGUAUCAGUAAAGUUUAUGAGAAGAGUGAAAGAAAAGAAAUGUAAAAAAUGCAUAGGAAGAAUCUUUAUGAAGUUAUGAGGGUUGUGCAGCGAAAGUGAUGACAAAAGUGGAAAGAAAAAGAAAAAUGCUCAUGUUAAAUGCGCAUAUGAAUAAAUUGAGGCUUUGUAUUGAUAAAAUUUAUGAGAAGAGUGAAAAAAGAAGAAGACAUGUUAAAAAUGCAUAAAAAAAUUAUUGGGAUUUGUGUAGAAAAAGUGUAUGAGAUAGGUGUAAAAAAGAAAAUAUUUGUAAUGUCAUAGUACAGAGACACAUGUUGAAGCUGCACAGGAAGAAAUUAAGAAGUUUUGUGUACGAAAAGUAUGAGAUACCUAAAAAAAAAAAAAUAAUAAUAAUAAUAAUUAAAAGUGCACAGGAAAAAUUAUGAAGUUUAAUGGAGUUUAUGAGAUAGAAAAAAAAAAAAAAAAAAAAAAAAAGGAAAACGCUUAUAAUGCAGAAACAUAAACAUUUAUCAAAGACGCACAGUAAAAAUUUAUAAGAAUUUGUAUAGGAAAAGUUUAUAAGAUUUUUUUUACAAGUUGGGAGACAGGCCAAGGACACACACACACACACACACACACACACACA